ACUCCAUGGUGUACACUGUACCCCAGCUUAUACAUACAUUACUACUGUAUAUACACACACAUAAAUACACGCUACCCUGUAACGCCGUUUCUGCAUACGUCACCAGCGUCUAUUCCUCUCCUUCUCCCACUUUCUUCUUUCAGUCCACCACUUUCUCUGCCACCAAAAUAAUAGUAAUAAACACACCUGCCUAUAUAUACACAUAUAUGUAAAUAUAUAAUUUGACAAGGGUCUUGUUUUAUUUUUGAAAGCUUUGUAGAGUUGUGAUGAAUCUUGGGUUUCUUGAAAUAUCUUGUUUCUUGAUGGAAUUCUGAGAUUUGGAGAAUUUGGGUCUCCAAGAUUUGGGAUUUGCUACAAGGGUUUGGAAGGUUUUGGAUUUUGAUGGCUAUUAGAGGAGUUGAUUUUAAGUGGUAUGAUGGUUUUUUCUUGUCAAUGCUUGCAACUAGUAUAAUCAUUGUGGCGAUCAAUUGGAAGCGGUACCAUUAUUGUGAAUAUCCAUUGCAUAUAUGGAUUGUGGUGGACUACACUACUGUGUUUGUUUUUCGGCUCCUCAUGUUUGUGGAUAAUGGCCUUGCCUCAGGAAUGGGAUUGGAUUUCGGUUGGCAGCAAAGAUAUGCUCGGUUUUGUGGAAGGGUUGUAGUUCUUUCAAUUCUAUCUCUGCUACUUUAUCCUUUCCUCUGGGCAUGGACUAUAAUUGGUACUCUGUGGUUCACUAGCGCAAGAAGCUGUUUGCCCGAAGAAGGUCAGAAGUACGGGUUCCUUAUUUGGUUGCUUUUUAGCUAUUGUGGUCUCAUCUGCAUUGCAUGCAUGUCCAUCGGGAAGUGGAUUACUAGAAGACAAGCUCAUCUAUUGCGUGGUGCACAACAGGGGAUACCUAUCUCACAGUUUGGGGUGUUGGUUGACAUGAUCAGGGUACCAGAUUGGGCAUUCGAAGCAGCUGGGCAAGAGAUGAGAGGCAUGGGCCAAGAUACUGCUGCAUACCACCCAGGGCUCUACUUGACGCCAACUCAAAGAGAAGCAGUGGAAGCGCUUAUUCAGGAACUGCCAAAGUUCAGGCUUAAGGCUGUUCCAACCGAUUGCAGUGAGUGUCCAAUCUGUUUAGAAGAAUUCCAUGUUGGAAAUGAGGUUAGAGGUCUUCCUUGUGCUCAUAAUUUCCAUGUGGAAUGCAUUGAUGAGUGGCUUCGUUUGAAUGUAAAAUGCCCCAGAUGUCGAUGUUCCGUCUUUCCAAACCUUGAUCUCAGUGCACUAUCCAGUAUUCGUGCUGAUAGUGAUCACUCACCGGCUGCUGUUGUGACAGCAGCUCCUUAUGUUAGAACACAACCUCCUAGCCAAAGCUAUUUGCUGAGAUUGCAGGGCUUGCUUCGGCAAGUUGGUACAGAGAAUGGCGGGAAUGCAGAUUUGGCUUUAGAAGCUGCUGAAAAUGGUGUUUUGCCUGUACUAAUGCAGCCAAACAGAAGCCCUGAGCCUGGGCGAAUGCGUUCCUCCUCACUUGAACACUAAUGUGAAUGGUUUUGCUGCAGUCUUACAAAUUUUACUUAUAAUAUAACAAGCAACAAAAUGGGACUAAAGAAGAAGUGUAUGGAUAGUUUAUGUUUUUGGAGUCAAAAACUGUAGUGGCAGUUUGGGCCACCAGUCGGAGAUGGUGCUUUAUUGUUGUGCAUAUUUUCAAGAAUUAUGUGAGAUUUUUGGCCCAGAUAUCUAAUUGUGUAUUUGAAUUACAAAUAUAGGAGUAGUUACCAGUAUUUUGCAGUCAUAUUGAUUUGUGUAAGUUGUGUGUGUUUAGGGCAAUACUCGUCUUUAAAUUCUGUAUAAGCCAAUAGUCAUGGUCUUUAGGAGACAAUUACAGUACACAUGAAAAGUUUUCUUAUUUAUUAUA